CCUAGCCGCGCCGGCCCCAGAAGUGAUGAAAGCCGCGGCCGAGUCCAGGUCACGCCGAAGCCGUUGCCCUUUUAAGGGGGAGCCUUGAAACGGCGCCUGGGUUCCAUGUUUGCAUCCGCCUCGCGGGGAGGAAACUCCAUGUUGUAACAAAGUUUCCUCCGCGCCCCCUCCCUCCCCCUCCCCCAAGAACCUGGCUCCCCUCCCCUCCGAAGCUUGCGGGGAUCCCUCCCUCCCACCCCUCCCCUCCCCCCCGCGCCCCGAGUCCGGCCUGAGCCGGGGGGGAGGCCGGGCUCUCGGGCCAGAGUCCGGCCGGAGCGGAGCGCGCCCGGCCCCAUGGACAGCUCGGCCGUCAUUACUCAGAUCACCAAGGAGGAGGCUCGGGGCCCGCUGCGGGGCAAAGGUGACCACAAGUCAGCAGCUGCCCAGAAGCCCCGAAGCCGGGGCAUCCUCCACUCACUCUUCUGCUGCGUCUGCCGUGAUGAUGGGGAGGCCCUGCCCACCCACAGUGGGGCACCCCUACUCGUGGAGGAGAAUGGUGCCAUCCCCAAGCAGAGCCCGGUCCAGUACCUGCUCCCGGAGGCCAAGGCCCAGGACUCAGACAAGAUCUGCGUGGUCAUCGACCUGGACGAGACCCUGGUGCACAGCUCCUUUAAGCCAGUGAACAACGCCGACUUCAUCAUCCCUGUGGAGAUUGAUGGGGUGGUCCACCAGGUCUACGUGUUGAAGCGGCCUCACGUGGAUGAGUUCCUGCAGCGGAUGGGCGAGCUCUUUGAGUGUGUGCUCUUCACUGCCAGCCUGGCCAAGUACGCAGACCCAGUAGCUGACCUGCUGGAUAAAUGGGGGGCCUUCCGGGCCCGGCUGUUUCGAGAGUCCUGCGUCUUCCACCGGGGGAACUACGUGAAGGACCUGAGCCGACUGGGCCGUGACUUGCGGCGGGUUCUCAUCCUGGACAACUCGCCCGCCUCCUACGUCUUCCAUCCGGACAACGCCGUACCAGUGGCCUCGUGGUUUGACAACAUGAGUGACACAGAACUCCACGACCUCCUCCCCUUCUUCGAGCAACUCAGCCGCGUGGACGACGUGUACUCAGUGCUCAGGCAGCCUCGUCCAGGGAGCUAGUGAGGGCGAUGGGGCCAGGACCUGCCCCUGACCGACGCCCACACCUCCUCCUACACAGACUCUGCACAGGCGCGUUCUUCAUUAAGAAAACCCACGGGCCACUGCCACGCUCAGUGCCACGGGGAAGCAGGCGUCUCCCCCACCAGCCUCACCAGGCUGCGUAGGGCCAACAGGCUGCACCGAGGAUGAUGAGCCCCUGGGCCCCUGUGUCAGUGCCUUUGAACCUUCUCCCCACUUCUCAGGGAGUUUGGGAGGCCCUGCCUGCCACUCCCCCUUUCUGUCUCCUCUCUCUGUGCUGCCAUGUUUCUUUGCUGCCAAAUUGGGCCCCUUGGCCCCUUCCGGUUCUGCUUUGGAGCGAGGGGCAGGGUUUCUCCUGCCCCCUACCUUGGACCUCCAGCCUGGGAACGGUGGACACCAAGUGCCUUGCAUAGAGCCCCCUCUUCCCCGCCCAGCUUUCCCAGGGGCACAUCUGGGUCAGCUCUAGGCUGGUGGGGGAGAAACAGUCCCCUCCCCCACCUCCUCCCUUGGGACUUGGGAGCCCCCACCAAUGUCUGCCUCUGCCUUUGGAGGGGAUAGAGGUCUGUUACCACUGGUGAAGAGCUGGGGUCUGCCCCUCAGGCCCCACAGUCCAGCUUUUCCAGGGCUGAGGGCUGCCCCCCACAUCAGCCAAGCCCUAGCCCCUUACUUCUGCCUUAACCACCCCAAGGCCCUGGGGCUUGGCUCCCCCAGCUCUGAGUGUGGGGGCAUAGGCAGGACCCCUUGUGGUGCCAUAUAAAUAUGUAUAUGUGUAUAUAGAUUUUUAGGGGAAGGGUCAGGGAAGACACCCUCCCUUGCCCCUUUCCUGGGCCCAGAAAUUGAGGGGAGGGAGGGAAAGGAUUUUUACAUUUUUUAAAGUGCUGUUUUCUGAAUGGAACAAGCUGGGCCAAGGGGCCCCAGGCCUGUCCUAUCCUUCACAUCCUCUUUGCUCUGUUCAUUCAAAAAGCAUUUAUUGAGCACCUUCUGUGCCCAGCACUGUGCUAGGCCCACCAGCUAAGUGUGUGUGAGGGUCUCUACACCACCUAAUUGGUGCCUCCCCACCCACCCAACUUCACUGGUGCCUUUGGGGGAUCUGCAGGAGGUGGGACCUUCCUGUGGGGUUUGGGAGGUCUCCAGGAAGCCUGGCCAAACUGUCCCCCUCCCCCUGUGCCAACUCACCCCCUGUAGCCCCCUGCCUUGCCCCCUGCUGGCUGGGGGCAGCUCCCAGGACAUCCUGUCUUCAACUCUGAAACCCUCAUACAUGCGAGUCUGGAGGUCAAGGCCUUGGGCUCUCCCCAGGAUCUAACGGUUACGGGGACCCACAUAUCAGUGCCAAGGGGGAUGUCAAGUGGAGAUGUAGCCCUCCCUGCCCCAGUUUUGGGCCGGGGAGGGAUAUGGUUAGCCUGAAUUGGGUGACCUUCCCAUCUAAGUGCCUUCUCUGAGAGCCCCUCAGUGUGAUGAGAACUAAAGAGAAAGCCAGACCCC